AUGCUCCCAUCCGCCAACCCGUACUAUGCGCGCCAGCAGCUUCUCGUCGAAUUUGCGAGUCUCCAGCAGACAGCUCCGCGCGGGAUGCACAUAACGCUCUCGCCCUCAGCGCCGACCAAGACCUGGCACGGCGUAUUCUUCCCACGGUGCGGCUCCUACUUCGGUGCGAUCAUCCGGUUCACGAUCAGCUUCGACUCGCCCUCGCUCGUGCCCGAGGUACACCUGCAGACACGCGUCUUCCAUCCGCUCGUCGACCGCACCACGGGGCGGGUAUCGCUCUCGGGCGACGGCACAGUGAUCUCCGUGCUCCUGGAGGAGCUUAAGGCCGCGUUCGAGAACGACGAGGUGCUGGACCGCCUGAGUGUCGCUGGCGUCGCGGAUCGCGACGCGUGGAAGAGCUGGAAUGGGCGUCGUGAGGGAACGGGAGGGUGGUCCGAGAGGGUCGCGAAGUAUGUCAAGGCGAGUCAGGAUGAGGAUAAGCCUAAUAAGGCGGAUGAGGUCGUGCUACUCAGAGGGAACCUGGGUGAUGUCGAGCAGGGCGCUGUUGGUAGGGUUAGAAGCUCGAUGGGUGAGCGGUUGAGGGAGAGGGGGAUCAAGGUGCGGGAAUAUUAG